AGACAUUAUUUUUCUAUUUGUAAGAUGGAUAAUUCUGAAAGAAGUCGACAUUCAAGAAAACGAAGACUUUCAAGAAAGUGGUCUUUGAAGACUGAUGACAAUAUAGAAUUAAAUCAAUUAGAAAAUGAAAUAAGCAGUGAUGUUCACGAGUUGAAGAAUCAUUCGAAGGAUCAAUUGGAAGUAUCAGAAGAAAAUUCUUGGAAAAAUGAGGAAGAAAUAAAACAAUUUCGUCAAAGUAAGCGUGGUAAAAGAAAGAGAAGAGUCUUGAAACGAGAUAAAGUGUUACAAAUGACUACUUCUGAUGAAACUGAAAUAAAUGAAAUUAAGAAAGUUAAGGAAAAAGAAGUUCUUUCAUCAACUUCGAGUAAUCAUGCUCGUUCUUCCACCAAUCAUUUACAUCACAAGUCAAAAAAACGUGAUAAAAUACAUGAUCUGUCGAGUAACAUUGAGAUACCGAUAACAGAAAUUUUAAAAAAAUACGAAGAACCUGUACCUCCAACUCCAUUGACCACUGAUAAGAUCUACAUUCAAAGUGACAACGGCUUUAACGCGGUUAAAAUUAUUACAAAGGAAGAUGAUCGAAGAAACGUUUUAAAAUUCUUAUCCAAAGGUCGUCUUAGUAAACGAAUUUAUUCACCCAUAAGUAUAGCUAUAAUAGCUCAAAAAAUGUUCACACGUAUAGCAUUUAUUUAUCAAGGUCUUUUAGGUGGAAUGGCUUUAGUACAUCUUAUAAUGAUACAAUUUUUCUUUGACUCCUCGAUGGAUUUUAUUUUGAAGUAUUCUCACUUUUCCGAAAUUUAUUGCAGUUUAUUUUCAUUGCUAAUCGCAUUUUCUGUUGUCUCGACGUUCGACAAAUUUGAUCUAGCUGGUUUGGAUGUUGAUCAAUUAAGAAACAUUUGUAAAGAUUACGUUGGAUCUACCAUAGCUAUUCCAUUGUAUUUAGCAACAUUAUGUUUGCAUGAAACAUUUGCAAAUGUGGAUGAUAAAUUAACGUUAAUUCAUUAUCAAAAUUUUAACAAUACCUCAUGGAAUGAUACCAUGUAUAUGGAAGAAAUUUUUGAUGGAUUAACAACUUGGAAGAAAGUAAACAUAUCGAAAGAUUUACUUGCCAUAUUAGGUUGGUUUUUUGUGGCAAUUGAUAUAAGACAGGAUACUUUAUUGAUUCAUCUUGAAUCGAUAGAAAGAUCUGCACAAACUACAUGUACAAAAUAACAUUUUCGAAAAGGAUAUCAUUCUUUGAUGAUAAAAAACAAAAAUUAAAACUUUCAAAAACAUUUUUCAUACAA